AUGAGAUUUAGUCGAGUCAUCUUGGGAUCUUCGUACGGCUUAGCUAGAUUUUACCUUCCACCUCCCUCGACAUCUGCUGCACGGUACCGCCAGUUCUUCUCCCUAGUCAGGCACCUUGCACCUUCUCAAAAUCAUUUAAACAACAUGAAUCUAGAUAUCCCUGCCGAUGACUCUGGGAAAUUAAAAGUAACUUCUCAUGCUCAAUACAAAAGCCCAUCCCGAUUGUCUCCUUCGUCGGUGCUCCCUGAUCCGAUUGACCAAUUCAAAGAAUGGUUCAAGGCCGCAUCGUCUCCUCAUCCUGAUCAACCGCAGAAGUCGGUAGUACACGAACCAGAAGCCAUGGCAAUCUCCACUUGCUCCGCUGAAGGGGUCCUUCUACCCGGUUCGUCCUAUUGA